AUGAUCCAUGGCAAAUCUUUCAUCGUUUGGGAUGGUAUCAACAUAUCAACUUCAAUAUUCAAUAUACUAGAAGGAUUACAGCAAGGGACCGUCACUUCGCCUAUACUGUUCAUCAUAUUCACAAGUACAAUCCUCAACAAAUUUGGUCUCAAUUCAGGUAAUAACACAUACAGUGGAGCAUACGCUGAUGAUGAAACAGUAUACGUUGCAGAUAGUAAAAUUCCGGUCAUACAAGAUAAGCUAACUAAAAUAAUUAAUGAAAAAUACCACUGCUACAAAUCAUGGAACCUUAAAAUGAACCCAGAUAAGAGUGAGACAAUAUUAUUUCGAAAGACGGUAAAUGAAAUCACUCCUCCUACAGUCCUACUGAUCAAGAACUUUCAAAUCACCAUCACAGACAACGACACAGGUGAAAAAUUUAACAUCCCGAAUAAGGACAUGGUCAAAUAUCUGGGAGUUCAUUUUGAUUAUCUGAUUCGCAUGAACAAACAUCAUGCUAUUCAACUCAAAAAAGGUAAAAAUGCGUUCAGAGCAAAUUCUCGUAUAUUCUAUGACAGAAAUAUACAAACAAAAGCAAAGCUGAUUUGCUAUCAAUUACUAGUGAGACCUAUCAUCAGUUAUGCGGCUCCAAUUUGGUGGAAUGUAGGCCCAUCGGUCAUGGAGAAAUAUCGCAAGUUUGAAAGAUCAUGCCUAAAAACCUGCUUAGGCAGAUACCGUUCAGCUGAGUCCAAUUACAUCAAGCGACUCAGCAAUAAAGAGAUCUACGACCUAGCAGAUAUUCCCAGGUUUGAUAACUUCUGCCUUACCCUCACCAGGAACUACUUCAGUACCAUGUACGAAAUUGGUAAUGACACAAUUAAGAAUCUGAAGAUCGAUAACAACAAACUAGUGAAUAAAAUGGCUGGAAGCAACUACAGUCCUCCAGAGAUAUUUACCAACCUUGACCGCAUGGGCUGCAUUCAAAAUGAAUUCAAUGUGCCUAUUAUAUACCACAUUAGAAGACACUGUGCAAGAAAAGCUAUCUUCACAGAUAUGGACAAUCUCCAAUCAGAGUCUAUAGUUUAUUCAAUGGCACUCCCGGCCAGAGACCAUGAUAGCCUAGACCGGUUGAAUGAAAAAUACUGGUGGCUUCACGGUGAAGCUAAGCAUUUAGAUGAAUUACGACGGAGAGCCAGAAUCAAGAAGCAGCAAUUCCAACAACAGCAAAGAGUACGACCACUCUUAAACAGCCGAAGACGUCACAGGCAGUAA